CAACACUACUAUAUAACAAAUAAUUUGAGAUAUGAUUAAAGUAGAGCCUAUGGAGGCUCAUAUUCAUCACAAGGACAUAGAUGUCACAAUGGAGGCAGGUGGUGGUUCAGCUAUUCCGCAGUCAUCUGGUGGGAGUCAUCCAUCCACAACCAUAACCAGAGAUGCACUAGAGGUACCUAAACUUUCUCUCCUGGAGCGCCGAGAUGUGAAGAGAGUUAAACCAAUCAGACCUAUUCCAACAUACAUACAAUCUGAUGCCGGCUUUGGAGACUUUGGAGUUGGGCUUUCGUCUCCUAUCAGUCCCACAUAUGCUCUACACAGCCCCCUCUCUAAAAUGGACGUGUCAACACCAGGAAUCUCUCCUCACGCUCCAGCCUCUGCUCCUGCCUUUCCCAUGACUGAACCGGUCUUUGCUUUUCCACCAAAUCAGAUGUUUAAGCUCCCUGCUGGUGUCUUGAGUCCAAUCCCUCUACAACCCCCUCCAAAACAAAAUAGGCAUUCCUUAUUUCCGACAACUCAGUCGUCCAGUAUUGACGCGGCGUUAUACCAGAACUUACUGGCUGGCCUACAAGCUGACAGCGUCAACGCACUCAGUCUCAGCCCUAGGUGCUUCCGCUCGCCGAAUCAGAAUAAAUCGUACGCUAUCUCAAACUUAUUGUCUAACGAGGAGAAGAACCCAUUUUCCAGCAGCAGUGCUACCACUUUUACAUUCCCUCCCCGUGCAGGCGUUGACUCGGAGAACAAGCGUAGGACCAUGUCGCUCUCCUCUGAAACUCUACUCACUGUCCCUGGUGGAAUUGUUAGCCCACCUAUUACUCCUAAAAAGACUGAUACUAGUUCAGCCGAAGAUUCCGAUUGUAACACGUGUCGACAAGUCCAGAAAACGAACGAUAGAACUCAGGGCACCAGAGCACUGUGUUCUACUUGUCAGCGAACGUUCUAUCUUCUCGGAAGAGCUCCAGCACUGGGCAGCGUGCCACGUGUGAUUGAACAGCGAACACAACAAGUGAAGAACAAACGAUCACACAGGUGUGACUACGAAGGCUGCACCAAAGUCUACACCAAAUCAUCACACUUGAAGGCACACAGACGCACACACACGGGAGAGAAACCCUACAUUUGCAAGUGGGAAGGCUGCACCUGGAAGUUUGCCAGAAGUGACGAACUAACCAGACAUACGCGCAAGCACACAGGACAAAAGCCCUUCAAGUGCAAUCACUGUGACAGGUGUUUCAGCCGGAGCGAUCAUCUGAGCCUCCAUGCUAAACGACAUUUGACUGCCGGUGUAGAGAAAAAACAAUCCCUCCAAGAGACCUCCCUCCCUUCCUUCAACUUCAAAUCCUCUCCUCAUCUACUCUACAUUAAUGUUCCUCCCAACUCGUCUUGAUCAAAUAGACCAUAGAUACAUCAUCACCGUUUCACCAUUAUUUUGUACAUGGUUGUGCUUGAAAGAAAAAAAAGGUCGAAGAUAGUUCGUCGAUGUAGGAAGAGUUAUAUGUUAAAAAGAACCACAUUGACCUGAAAGACGAAGUGCAGAUGAAUUAUGACCCGGAAGAAGAAAGUACAAACUACGGACCAUUUCAGAGCUGUGUAUGUCACCAGAUGCUUGGAUAAUUCAGCUAGAAAAUGUUGAAUAUUCCCCUUCUGCUAUGUGUGAUGCAAUAUAUUGACUCGAAAAUGUAUAUGGCAGCGUUCUCAACGCCAGAUGAAUGUUAAAGGGAUUGUUGUUAAUUCGUAAGAUAUGAAAUAUAUAAGCAGUAUUUAUUAUUUUGUAAGUCGGACUAAAAAACACUUAAAUAAUCACGAUGGGUUAGAUACCGUGUAGGUUUGUAUUCUUAUGGCCAGUGGUUACCAGUGGUUACCAGUGGUUAGCAGUGGUUAAUAAUCAUGUUGUUGUUAGGAGAUUAGGAUUCAUCAUAUUUUAAUUGAUUGAUGCGGAUAAAAUAAGCAGAUUGUACCAUGUGACCCGUUUUGAUAUGCGAUGACCAUAAAAUCCCGGCUUAUGGGAUCCUUUCAAUCACACAUGAAUAUGCUCACCUUCCUUUUGCCAUGUUGGCGGAUUUCAAGUUUUUUUAACACGGACUUAAAUUUCCUUGAUCCUGACGAUUUGGGUUUGAUGUGAUCUAUCCAGAUUUAUUGUGGUGAAAGGUAUGCUGACACUGUGCGGGGUUUAGCUGGAUUAAGCUAAUUGAUUAGGCUAAUUAAUUAAGCUUAUUAAAUUAAUUAAUGACCACGCUCACGACCUCCCGGUAGAUUCCACCCAAUCUUACAUUCUUAUCGAUGUUUGAUGUUUAUGACGAAAGUCGAAUCUGACUGGAUUCUUUUAAAAUGUAAAUAUUCGUUGUAGCUUAAACUUAAAAACUCUUAUAUUUUAACCGAAAAUUUGCAUUGUAAGCCAUUUGUUUUCUGUACCCGCUUUCGUUUUUGUCUGUUUGCCAGUGAUGCAGCCAGGAACUUAAUUAAAUUAAUAAGUUAGUCACUCGAUUAAUUUUAUGAGUUACGUGCUGCUUUUUGUUACUUUGAAGAUUUUAAUCUUAACAGAUUUUACAAUUGUCGGCUGGGGUUAAAAGCAAGAAGCAUGUUUUGUAAGUAGAAGCUGAAAGUCCACAUUUACAGAUUCUCAACUAGUAACUUCUUCUUGUGCGUUACGCUUGACAAUAACACUGUUUGUAUCGUAGACAGGGUAAAAUUAUAGAAUGUUAUUCUAAGUGGGAAAUGUAGAAUGUAGGUGCCAGUCUAGUGUAUUACCCUUGGUGAAAUAUUGCUUUACCAUUGGUGAAAUAAUGCUUUACCCUUGGUGAAAUAUGGAUUAAUUGACGCAGGCAAACAAGAUCCUUUCACUGAACUGUGCUUUUUAUUGAUAAAAGUUACUUUUUUAUUUUUGUAAAAUUUCUUUUCGAUAACUUUGAUUAUUAAUCAGCUUUGUGCUAGUGAAUUAGGCUCGGAGGAUGUAACAACUAAUUUUGACUAGCAGAAAAUUCCAAAAGUAAAAUAUUGGUUAAAACUUUCAUUAAAAUUGAGUGUUAAUCUAGUUCGUUUUACUAAAGGGAAAACAAUCUAAUGAUCAUCUAGUCGAAAAUAUUCGGUACAUCCUCCGGUUUGUUGUUCAGCUAAAGUUUUUUGUAAUUAUAACAGAGCUUUAAACGCCUGGUAAAAAUGUGCCUAUCCUGCCAUUGAAUGGCCAGCAUUCUCUGAGCAAAUAUUUGAGGUUGGAUUUUCUAAUGUCGGCAAAUGUGACAAAGAGGAUUGUUCAAGGCUAUGUGUUGCUGUGAAAAGCAUGCUUUUGUAUUAAGUGAAGAUAAUGUGUUUUGCUUUGUCCCCUAACAUCGUUGUUCAUAUAUAAUAGAAAUUUGGAAGAAAUUGAUUUGAUUAUAGCGAUGAAAAGAUUAUCUUAGGCUUUGAACUUUUUAAAUAUAAUAAUAAAAUAGCAUUCAC